GUUAGAUAUCCAGUAUUGGUUGAAUGAAUAAAUGGUGUUGACCAUAGAUAAAUAAGUUCAAAACUUACAUUUUCAAAUUAUGUCAGUAGCAGGCACACAUCUUAAAUUGUUAUAUCACUCCGGUGCACGUCUUGCUGAAAUUCAGAAGAGGAAGCUAUUUCGUAUGAAGCCAAUAACCUCAAAUCAGAAAUGAAAACUGGGAUAUCACCUGUCAUAUCACUUGCCAUCCUCAGCUAAGCCAGGAGAGAGUCCGGCCCAUAUUCGGUAGCCUGGAUACGUAGGUGUAUUUAGUGAACGAACGAAUGAAUCCAACCACUGCAAAGCUGCAAAACCCUCGGGGGUAGUGCUUGGCUUCUGCCAGUUCCACAAGUAUUUUAAUAUUAGCUGAACAAAUGAAAUGACCAACAAAUAAAUCGCGACUUUGUGUCAAAUGAACUUGGGAAGGCGGAUGCGCUUAGGGUCCGGCUGUAGUGAGUAACGCACUCCCUGCGAAGAGUUACGUGGGGUACGAACUCCGAACUGCGAGUUCAGCUCAUGGGUUUGUACCUAAAACCUUGCCCUGCGGGAGCGCAGCCGUCCUAACGCGACCUGCCCCGCCCAUCAGCUCCUAUUGGCUGACUCUCGGAAGACCCGCCUCUUGGGAAGGAAAAGCAGUCGCUUCCCGAAUUGCCUGACAUCAUGCAAUGACCAAUCAGUAGCAGCGAUCUUCAGUUUUGCCCAAUGAGACUGGGUACGGGUCCUGGCCCGCGGAGUUUGAUUUCGUCCUGGGAUGCGGAAGUAGCAGUCCGGUCCUGCGGAAGUAGCAGUCCGGUCCUAGGGUCUAGCAGGUGGGUUCGUUGGGCGCAGGAGGAGGUGGGCGCGCUUUCCGUAAUGUUACCGUAGCUGAGCGUGAGGCUCCAGUGCUGGGCACUGGGUUGACCUCUUAUUCCUCGCUGAGGGCAUCGUUACCUCCUGUGGCUGCAAGCCGAGGCGCGUGGGCGGAAACUAGGUGGAUGUCUGGGUAGACGUCUGAUCGAUCUGCACAAGGAGUGGCGCAGUCUGGAAUUUGAUUGAGGACUCCUAACGCCCUCCGCUUGAUGUUCUGGUGAUUCCCGGGGGCUCGGCUUCGGAGGAAGGUGAGCAAGGCUACCACGCUGUGUUUGGAGAGCACCAGGAAGCUUGUGGCCAAAGCGAGGGACGCGAUCCGGCUCUGGUCACGGCCUGUUACUAGAUGGGUGACCAAGUCACGUCCCCUAUCUGGAAUUCGUGCUCCUUAUUUUAAAAGAGUGAGCAGGGUUGGGCGGUACUUCGAUAGAUGUGUGAGAAGAGCUACUGUUUAUUUUUUUUUAAAAAACUUUGAGUCGUCCCUUGCCUGCUUUCAAGGGUCGGCUAAACUCACCCAUCUGCUAAGAGUCUCAGCCCAAAGCUUUCAGGAAAGAGCGAGCUUCGCUGUGGCAUGUAACUUGAAGCCUUGCCUACUAAGUAGAUGUCCAGUUUGUUGUUGAUUGGUCUCUAUUAACUAGGCCUCUUCAUGAGCUCAAACAUCCUACGAGGUUUUAAUGUAGUCUAACCAAUAAAUUGAAAUUUCUUUUACAACCCUCUCUUUCCCCCAGAUUUCCUCUUCCUUUCUUUUUCUUUGACUUAAAAUAAUGCUGGCUAGGAGAAAUUAGUUGACAGUGUAAUGUGUAUCAAGAGGACUUUUCCAGGUUAUGUAGUACAAUUUGUGUGGCAUUUAUUUGUCAAGAGUAACAUUUUCUAAAAUUUUUCCCAAAGGCACCAAGAAACUGAUAAUGUUCCUUUGAAUUGGCUUCUGUAUUUGCUUCAUCAAUGUCUCUCAUACUGAAUAUCUUAAGAGAGAUGCUGGAAUAUUUUGGCGUUCCUGUAGAACAGGUUUUGCUGAUUUGGGAAAAUAAAGACUAUGGAUCAACUAGGAGUAUUGUUCGUAUUAUUGGGAAAAUGCUUCCAUUGGAACCUUGUCGAAGACCUAAUUUUGAGUUAAUCCCUCUCUUGAACUCUGUAGACUCUGGUAAUCGUGGAUCUAUGGUUCCAUCUUUUGCUGAUAUUUUGUAUGUGGCAAAUGAUGAAGAAGUCAGUUAUCUCAGAUUUCGAAAUAGUAUAUGGAAAAAUGAAGAAGAGAAAGUGGAAAUUUUUCAGCCUUUGCGACUAGUUCGGGAUCCACUGUCACCUGCUGUAAGACAGAAUGAAACAGUGAAAAAUGAUCUGCCUGUAAAUGAAGCUGCAAUUAAAAAAAUAGCUGCCCUUGAAAAUGAGCUGACUUUUCUUCGCUCUCAGAUUGCAGCAAUUGUGGAAAUGCAGGAACUGAAAAACAGUACAAAUUCUAGUUCCUUUGGCUUGAAUGACGAGCCCAUUAGUUUGGGUCAGUUGUCAUCAUCGCAGGCUGCCCAUCUGAGUGUGGAGCCAGAUCAGUUUCCAAGUUCAGUGCUUUCUUCUCCUCCUCCUCCACCACCACUUCCUCCUCAGUUUUCAUCUCUCCAGCCACCAUGUUUUCCUCCCAUACAACCAGGAUCUAAUCAUAUUUGUGACUCAGAUAAUCCAGCAACUGAAAUGAGCAAACAGAACCCGGCUGCUAAUAAGACCAAUUAUAGUCAUCAUUCAAAAAGCCAGAGAAAUAAAGAUAUUCCAAACAUGUUGGACGUUCUAAAGGAUAUGAAUAAGGUUAAGCUUCGUGCAAUUGAGCGGUCACCUGGCGGUAGACCCAUUCAUAAGAGGAAAAGACAGAAUUCACAUUGGGAUCCAGUUUCUUUAAUAUCUCAUGCACUUAAGCAGAAAUUUGCAUUUCAAGAAGAUGAUUCUUUUGAGAAAGAGAAUACAUCUUGGGAAUCUUCCCCAUUUUCUAGUCCAGAAACUUCAAGGUUUGGACAUCACAUUUCACAGUUAGAAGGACAGCGAACUAAAGAAGAAAUGGUCAACACAAAAGCUGUUGACCAAGGUAUCAGCAACACAAGCCUUCUAAACUCAAGGAUUUAAACUCAACUUAAGGUUGAGCCUUAAACUUCUAAAACUUCUUCCUGGAUGAUAAAUUAUUCUUAGAAACUGAUUCAGACUGUUAAAGGCUAAAAGUAGAUGUAUUUAAAGACUCUUCUUGACACAUUUUGCCUACACUUGCUAUGUAAAUAUGUACGCCUGUCAUUUUUGUUUCCUUUGUUCCUUUUUACGUUGAUACUCUAUUCUUCUGUACAUAGAGCUUAAAAUAAACAUUCCUUUUGAACUUG